GGUACCGCCCACAUGUGAGAUCCACCAUUCUGAUUGGACGGUCGGAAUGUCGAUCGUCAACGUUGACGGGAGAGCUGCUGUACAUGGCCUGCGAAGUACAGUCACCGCGAACGACUGUACCAGCUACGUUUAGGGCGGAUUUAAAACCCACACAGGGUUUCUGUUGCUGGUGCUUCGGAUGUCCAAGUACAAACUCUUUCUGCUGAGGCAUGGAGAGGGGGCCUGGAACAAAGAGAACCGCUUCUGCAGCUGGGUUGACCAGAAGCUGAGUGAAGAUGGGGUGAAGGAGGCCCAGGACUGUGGCAGGCUCUUGAAAGGGCAGGGUUACAAGUUCGACUUAGUGUUCACCUCCAUACUUAGCCGCUCCAUCCAGACAGCCUGGCUGGUGCUGGAGGCUAUGGGCCUGGAGUGGGUCCCCGUCAUCAAGUCCUGGAGACUUAAUGAGCGCCAUUAUGGUUCCCUGAUUGGCUUAAACCGGGCAGAGAUGGCUUUACAACAUGGAGAGGAAAAAGUGAAGUUGUGGAGAAGGAGCUACGACAUCACUCCACCUCCGAUUGAUGAAUCCCAUCCUUACUUCCUGGAAAUCUACAAUGACCGCAGGUACACCACUUGUGAUGUGCCAAAGGAAAACCUUCCCCGUGCAGAGAGCCUGAAGGAGGUGUUGGACAGGCUGCUGCCAUACUGGGACAGCACUGUGGUGCCAGAGAUAAGGAAAGGCAGGACUGUGCUCAUUUCUGCACAUGGAAACAGCUGCAGGGCUCUGCUGAAACACCUGGAGGGUAUAUCAGAUGAGGACAUAGCCAACGUGACUUUACCUACGGGGAUACCUGUGCUGCUUGAGCUGGAUGAAAACCUCAGGCCUGUGAAACCGCGGCGGCUCUUGGGAGACCAGGCAAAGAUUCAGGCAGCCAUUAAAAAGGUGGAGGACCAGGGGAAAGUCAAACCAUCAACUUGAAUGCACUAAACUGGCUGUAAGACUUAACAUAACCCUUGGUUUGUCUCUUCUUGAUUUCUUCAAAAGUCUCAGAUAACUCACUAUAUCACAUUAGACAAUAACAACAACAGAUUGUUGUUAGUAAGAUUGAAAGAACAGGUGUAAGUCUCACAGUAUGUUACUGUAUGUGUAAUAGUGGCCUGACCUGAAUACAGGAUAUCUGUUUAGCAGAUCAGACUGGUUCUACUGGGGCAGGAAGAAGUUUAGAGAUGUAAAUUGUAAACUGUAAAUUACUGUUCCAGCAUUGUGUAUUAUGUGUAAGCACUGAGGAAAGGUUUUGUUUAUAUCAUACUUGAAGCUCCCGUCCCUAUUUAUGCCUGUAUGGUAACCCUAACCCUCUACCUUGCAUAUUAAUAGUAAUGUGGUGAUGCUGAAAAAUCUUUAAAAUAUGUCAUAUUCAGAUGGAGGAAAAUAUUGCUUCUUUGCUAAAUGAUGCUUUUCAAUCACACUGGAAGCUUUAAGGAUAUUCCCUUGCAUUUUAAACAUGUGCCAUCAGUAUUAACCUAGUGCUUAAAUUAGAUUUUUAAAUUUUUUAAAAGCUCAAACAGAUCCUAUGGUGGUUUUAUUUAAGAAUAAAAGCACUCCAUUAACAGACCUUACCUCAUAGAAAUUGAUAGCCUGGCUGGUUUUAAAUGUCCUACUUAGUAAGCGGAAGUAUCACAUCUGAAGUUGUUUUUCCAUUAGGUUUAUACAGCUAUAUUAAAUCUGACACCGAAUAGUUUGAGUUUAAAACACAGUGGGUAACAACCAUGGCUAUUUGGUAUGAUAACUGGUUUAUGCUUUGCACUUUUUGGGGAUAUUAGUAGGAUUUUUUAAUUUAUUCCCUUGUUACAAAGAUGCAAAAACCUUGAAUGGUAAAUACCAUUAUUUGGAUAUUUGGAUAAAUAUAUUGAGAGUUUAACUGUAAAAAAAAAAAAAAGCACUAUUUUGUUUUAGUUUUAAAUUCUAAAUGAUUAUCAUACAUACGCAGUUAUUUGAUGUUGCUUAUGUUCUGUUAAUAACAUGAGUGAAAAUGUUACAAAUCA